GUGUAACCUCAACAAGCAAUUAAUUAUAAAUAUCGAGAACACGUAAUUCACUAAUCUUGAAAAAAAUAUUAUGAUAACAUUGUAUUUGUUACGAUUUUGUUUAUCAUAGCAAUCAGUUUUUAAAAAUAUUCUAAAGAUUAUUCGGAAAAAUGCAUAUCAUUGCAGAAUAUCGAUUAUUUAAUACAAGAAUGGAGUAUGCAUUACCAUGCAAUACGUGUUACUUAAAAUCUACGUCAAUAAAAAUGUAAUAUAUAAGCAUUACGUUUUUAUUUGUCGUCAUAUAUGUUUUCUUUUAAAAUUGUAAAUAUUCUUGAGAUAUAAGAUACUUUUAACAUAGAAGAGAGUUUGUUUGAUUGAUUAUUAGUAAAAAAGAAUUUUAAAAAAAUAUUUCAAAAUGGAAAAAAACUGUGAAUGGACUGAUUUAUUGAAAGACAGAAGAAAUUAUUCUGAUUUGUUAUGGGUUUCUAGAUACAUGGAUAUACAAAUGCCUCAUAUGCUACCGCCAGAAUUAAAAUUAUCUAGAAAUGAAAUAAUAAAUACAGUAUUAAAUAAUCAACGUAUCAAAGAAGUAAUCAAUUAUUUAGCAGAAAAUCAAAAUGUAUCUAAAUCUGCUAUCGAAAGAAGGGCUUACGCUAUUUUACAAGAAAUGGCAAGUAAGGCUCAUGUGCCUACAGUUCGUUGGCUAGGUUUUUUCAUCAUUAAAGUUCUGAAGAAAAUUUUUCACAAUAUUUAUAUUAAUGAAGAGAUGAUAUUAGACUUGAAAAAGCAAAUGUCUAUUUGUCAAAAACAAUAUAUCUAUGUACCUUCACACAGAAGUUAUUUAGAUUUCAUCUUACUGUCAUGUUUUCUCUUUUCUUACAAUAUGUCCUUACCGAAUAUAGCAAGUGGUAUGGACUUUUAUCGAAUGAAAUUUAUUGGAGAAUUAUUACGUAAAACUGGAGCGUUUUAUAUGAGACGUAGUUUUUCUAACGAUUUAUUAUACAAAGAAAUUUUCAAAGCGUAUGUUACUUGUAUUACAAAUUACAGUGAUAAAGCGAUUGAAUUUUUUAUCGAAGGUACUCGCAGUAGAAGUCAAAAAAGUAUCGAACCAAAGUAUGGUCUCUUAUCUAUCAUUCUGGAUAGUUAUCUCCAAAGUACUGUACCUGAUAUUCAGUUUGUUCCAAUUAGUAUUAGUUAUGAUCGCCCAAUAGAAGAAAACUUAUUUGUUUACGAACUGUUAGGUGUGCCAAAACCAAAAGAAACAACAGUCGCUCUAAUGCGAUUUAUGUCUUUAUUAAAAGAUCUUGGUUCUUUUGGAUCAGUCUUUUUCAAUAUCGGCAAACCUAUUUCUGCUUCACAAUAUGUAUCAUUAAAGGAUCGUAAAACCAAAAUUAUGAAUCCUGAUUAUAAAUUAUCAUCAAAUAUUAUAAAAAAUUUAGCAUAUGACAUAAUAGAUGCUCAUCAAAAAAGUACGGUGCUUACAACUUUCAAUAUAAUUGCUUUGUUGUUUAAUGAGAGAGUACAAACGUAUCCUGGAAAUCCGUAUACUCUUGAGACAUUGGCGGAAGAUUACAGAUGGUAUAAACAAUGGUUUUCUUCAUUAGGAGCUGUAAUCUAUCCAGCAGUUAAUAAUGUGACUGCAGAUGAAUUAUACAAGGAAAUAUUACUAUCGCUAGAAACGCAUUCAGAAUUGCUUAAGUUAGAUAAAUCGAAAGUAUUGCACUUACAAAACACAUAUACAGAAAUUAAAUCGGAAGAAAAUACAAACAUAAAGGGACAUAAUUUGAAUAAGCGUAUUAUGGAAAUAGCAGUACCAGCUAUUAACUUAACUAUUUAUGUGAACCCUACUUUAUAUUUUCUUGUUAAAUUAGGAAUGAUUACAACAACAGUUGGAUUAGACACUAUUCAUAUUGAUAAAGCCUUCGAACGAUACGUUCUUUUGAGGAAAUUAUUAAGUACAGAAUUUGCGUUAUUUAUAAAUGCAAAUUCUUCUGUAGUUAAUUUGGAAUGGAAAAAAUCGAUUGAUAUUUUAGUGAAAGAAGGCUGUUUAAAUAUUAAGAAUAAUUUUAUUACUGGACAAAAAACUGCGUUGUUUUCUCUCCUGCAUAAUCUUUUGUUACCAUUUAUCGAUGCUGCACAUUUUACCUGCACUACUUUAUUCGACUGGAAUGAAUCAGUUCUGGGUACCAUAACAAACCAAAAAAUAUUGACAGAAUGUCAGAAGCAAGUAGAGAUAGCAUUAUUGGAGGAAACUAAUUCUCGUCCUCAUCCGUACUGUUUGUCGCUUGACCUAUUUAAGUCUACAUUGUCUAAUCUUUUACAACAAGGUAUUGUUGUAAAAUCCGAAAAAGAAGGUAUUUAUUUAAUAGAUAAAAUACAAAUGGAACUUCUUAUUAUGAAAUUACGUCAGCUUCCAUUAUUACAUCCUUCGGGAUCUUAUAGCGAUAUUUCUUUAUCAGUAUUAAAUAAUUCGCUAUGCAUACAAGCUAAAUUAUGAAAAAAUCUAUAUAUACUAAAUAUUUACAAAGUUUAUACUGAUUUUAAAUAUAUCUACAUUUUUAUUUUUCCAUUCUUUUAUAAUCAAGUACUUAUAAUUGUGUAAUCAAAAAAUGAAUAUAAACUAUUAUUGAUUAUUAUUAGAAAUUAUUAUUGAUACUUUUGGUAUUAAUUUGUAUUAAACAUUUAUACAUAUAAGUACAGCUUAAAAAAUUAAUUCAGUUAAUAUUAUGAAAUAUAUUAGAAUGGAGACUAUAUAUCAAUAUUUUAUUGUUCUACGUUUGUAUUUUAUAUGAGAUUAACGAUUAAAUAUUAGAAAUGAAGUUAUCCACG